CUGAUUGAGAGCAUAGAAAAUCUUGAGGACAUGAAAGGACACUCUGUCCGUGAGUGGGUGUCUAUGCAGGCUCCACGGCUUGAGAUCAAGAACAGAUUUAAACAGUUUCUGCGUUCCUUUGUUGAUGACCAAGGAAAAAGUGUCUACAGAGAGAAAAUUUCUCAGAUGUGCGAAGCAAAUAGACAAAGUCUUGUAAUUGAUUACAACAUUCUGGCCAAUGAGCAGCAAGUUCUGGCAUACUUUCUUCCUGAAGCUCCAUCUGAAGUCCUGCAAAUCUUUGACGAGGGUGCAAAAGAAGUGGUUCUUGCCAUGUUUCCAAACUAUGACCGUAUCACAAGUGACAUUCACGUGAGGAUAUCUGAUCUUCCUCUGAUGGAGGAACUUCGAUCUUUAAG